UCCCUGCCUGGAGGACUAGGUGGUUUGGAGAGCUUGUUCUGCUCCGUCCUUCUCCCUUUCGUCCCACCACCCUUUCUUCCGCUACGGGUCGCGUUUGGGGGCGGCCGGGUAGUCAGGAGCGACACGGCUCGCCCUCCCCGUCUCCCUCCUCCUUCCCGUCCCCCCUCCUGGCCCCCUCCUCCUCCUCUCCCUCAGCGCUUCGAUCCAAGAUGGCGGCGCUGAGCAGCAGCGGCAGCGCCGAGGGGGCAUCGCUUUUCAACGGGGACAUGGAACCCGAGCCGCCUCCACCCGGGGCCUCCUACGCCGGGGGCACCGGCAGCGCCGGAGGCGACUCUGCCAUCCCGGAGGAGGUGUGGAAUAUCAAACAGAUGAUUAAAUUAACACAAGAACACAUAGAAGCUCUGCUAGACAAGUUUGGAGGAGAACACAAUCCACCCUCAAUCUAUUUGGAAGCAUAUGAGGAAUACACCAGCAAAUUAGAUGCAUUGCAACAGAGAGAGCAACAGUUGUUGGAAUCAAUGGGAAAUGGAACUGAUUUCUCUGUCUCCAGUUCUGCCUCAACAGAAACAGUUACAUCAUCGUCAUCUUCUAGUCUUUCUGUAGCACCUUCAUCUCGCUAUGUUUAUCAGAGUCCUAUAGAUUUAUCACGGAGUAACCCUAAAUCUCCUCAGAAGCCUACUGUUAGAGUUUUUCUACCCAACAAACAGAGGACUGUGGUUCCAGCACGAUGUGGAGUAACAGUCCGGGAGAGUCUAAAGAAAGCUUUGAUGAUGCGAGGUCUUAUCCCAGAGUGCUGUGCUGUUUACCGUAUACAGGAUGGGGAAAAGAAGCCCAUUGGUUGGGACACAGACAUUUCCUGGUUGACGGGAGAAGAACUACAUGUGGAAGUCCUGGAGAAUGUGCCUCUUACAACACAUAACUUCGUACGGAAGACAUUCUUCACUUUAGCAUUCUGUGACUUCUGUAGAAAGUUGCUUUUCCAGGGAUUUCGUUGCCAGACUUGUGGUUACAAAUUUCACCAGCGUUGCAGUACAGAAGUGCCACUGAUGUGUGUGAAUUAUGAUCAGCUUGAUUUACUCUUUGUCUCCAAGUUCUUUGAACAUCAUCCAAUACCACAGGAAGAAACCUCUGUAGGGGAGACCACCCCAGCAUCUGGAUCAUACCCUUCAGUGGCCCUUUCAGAUUCUUCCGGCCCACCAAUUCUCCCCAGUCCAUCUCCUUCAAAAUCCAUUCCAAUACCCCAGCCAUUCCGACCUGCAGAUGAAGACCAUCGGAAUCAGUUUGGUCAACGCGAUCGCUCAUCGUCCGCCCCCAAUGUGCAUAUCAAUACAAUAGAGCCGGUCAAUAUUGAUGACUUGAUUAGAGAUCAAGGGUUGCGAGGAGAGGGAGCCCCUAUGAACCAGCUGAUGCGCUGCCUUCGGAAAUACCAAUCCCGGACUCCCAGUCCCCUCCUCCAUUCUGUCCCCAGUGAGAUAGUGUUUGAUUUUGAGCCUGGCCCAGUGUUCAGAGGCUCAACUACAGGAUUGUCUGCCACACCACCUGCAUCUUUACCUGGGUCUCUCACUAAUGUGAAAGCAUUACAGAAAUCCCCAGGGCCUCAGAGGGAGAGGAAGUCCUCGUCAUCUUCUGAAGACCGUACUAGAAUGAAAACUCUGGGUCGACGAGAUUCAAGUGAUGACUGGGAGAUACCAGAUGGUCAGAUCACAGUUGGACAAAGGAUAGGCUCUGGUUCAUUUGGGACGGUCUAUAAGGGGAAAUGGCACGGUGAUGUUGCAGUGAAAAUGUUGAAUGUUACAGCUCCCACCCCUCAGCAGUUACAGGCUUUUAAAAAUGAAGUAGGAGUUCUCAGGAAAACACGACAUGUGAAUAUAUUACUUUUCAUGGGUUAUUCAACAAAGCCACAGCUGGCUAUAGUUACGCAGUGGUGUGAAGGGUCCAGUCUUUAUCACCAUCUACACAUCAUUGAGACUAAAUUUGAAAUGAUCAAGCUGAUUGAUAUUGCACGCCAGACAGCACAAGGAAUGGAUUACUUGCAUGCCAAGUCUAUCAUCCACAGAGACCUCAAGAGUAAUAAUAUAUUUCUUCAUGAAGACCUCACAGUAAAAAUAGGUGAUUUUGGUCUAGCAACAGUGAAGUCACGGUGGAGUGGAUCCCAUCAGUUUGAACAAUUGUCUGGAUCAAUUCUGUGGAUGGCACCUGAGGUUAUUAGGAUGCAAGAUAAAAAUCCAUAUAGUUUUCAGUCAGAUGUGUAUGCAUUCGGAAUUGUCCUUUAUGAGCUGAUGACUGGGCAGUUACCAUAUUCCAACAUCAACAACAGAGACCAGAUUAUAUUUAUGGUGGGACGAGGGUAUCUUUCUCCGGAUCUCAGCAAAGUGCGAAGCAAUUGCCCCAAAGCCAUGAAGAGACUAAUGGCAGACUGCUUGAAAAAAAAGAGAGAUGAACGGCCCCUCUUCCCCCAGAUCCUUGCAUCUAUUGAGCUUCUGGCCCGGUCAUUGCCAAAAAUUCACCGCAGCGCAUCUGAACCCUCCUUGAACCGGGCUGGUUUCCAAACAGAGGAUUUUAGCUUGUAUACUUGCACGUCUCCAAAAACACCUAUCCAGGCAGGGGGAUACGGCGAAUUUGCAGCGUUCAAGUAGCCACAGCAUCAUUGGCAGCAAAUCCACUCUUACUUUUAAAGUCUUGUGUUCCUACAGUUUCUUUUUAGAAUAUGCAGACUCUCUUCUGCUGCUCUAAACACUGCGGUUUAGAAAAACCAUAGAUCUGUACACUUAGAUCAGAUCAGAAGGGAGCUCCCAGUCCAACAUUUGGUGGAAGGGAAAAGCUCUUGUUUGGGACAAGUGCUUUCCGCUGCCUCUGUGUUCACCUCCAACAAAAGUCAUGUGCAUUUGAAGAUCUCUAGUGGCUGCCUGUACCGUUGGCAUCAUUCCCAGGAGAGAGGGAGGGCCUGCGCUUUGACUUUCUGGUGCUGUGGCAUGAUGAGGUUGGAACUCCUUCUGCAUCAUAGGCUUGGGAUGAUCUGCUGGCCGGCUUUCUCCCUCUAACAACGAUUCAUCAGAGGCUGAACAUCUGAUGAGACAGAGCUAAUCAAAACAAUCAUCCUCUGAUUUGAUUUUAUUUUGCGUGUGUUUUCCUUCCUGGUGUGCUUACUGAUCAACGAGAUAAGUGCAGUGUUUCCUUUUCAAUUGGACUUUAGUAUCUGAUCUUUUGAUUGCACGAAACAAAACUUUGGUCAGAAGGGUAAGUGAGAGUCAUUUGAAAAGAGAUUCUGCACUUUCCAGAAUUGCUUUUACCUCCUAUUCAGAGCCAUCCUUUUCCCCAUCUUUUCCUUUUUUGUACGCUUUUGGAAAGGGUUAGGAGCCCUUUUUUUGUCGGUCCAGCAACAAAUGUUUUUACAAAACUGUAGCAAAGCUCAACAUGCCUGGCUUCUUUUCAUUUUGUAUUGCUAAUUUGAAUCUGUGUUUUGUGUGUUGAACUUUUUGGGGAUGCCCAGAAAGUCUUAAUACAGACUAUGAAUAACAAGUGUACCUAUUUUAAAAGGUACAAGAUAAUGUCAGGUACCUAACGUUUCAUAAGCAGACAUUCUCAGGUUGAAUUGAAUACAUUUUAAAAAUGAAACCCAGCCACAACCUUCCCAAAAAUUAGACAUUCCAAAAAAUGUGCUUUGGUACUUUAAAAAAAAAAAAAUAGAACUUUUAAUCACAUUAACUCAGCAAACUGUGAAUGAACGUUGUAUGCAUGAGAGAGAGAAAAUGCAGCAAAUUGGCUUCAGUGGCAAUUUGCUGUUUCUUUUGUUGUUUUCUAUAGAAAUGGUACUUGCUGGAUCAACACUACUUCUCACCUUGCCUAUCCUUGCCUUUUCCCAUGCAACUCCUUUUCUUGCCCUUACUUCAUAUUCUUGGUGAUUGCAUUUUGCUUUUCUCUUUAUGCCUUGCCCUUAAAUCUAAUUUGCAAAACGGUUCCCAGUACUUAUUAAUAUCCAGUCAAGAUAAAAUAAAACAAAAAUCAGAUGUUAGGUUACCUCUAGUAGAAUUAUGAAGCUAUAUGAAUUAUGAAGGUAGCAGAAUUCUCUGCUGUGGUGAUUUUCUUUUUUGGGAAAGGGCAAUUGUUUGCCACUGGAAGGGAAUCCGUAAGAACGGAAGCUUUAUUAGUGUAUCCUGCCCAAUACUGAUAGGCAUGAGGCUGAAAUUACAACCCCUGUGCUAGUAGUUUCUAGUAGAUGAAACUGGAUUAUCUGGUGAAAAAGUCAAAAUUCAGAGUUCACAUGCUGAUUCCCCAAUACUUGUUAGGUUACUAGAAAAGCCAAGGGAAAUAGGAUUUUUCUAGCAAAGGUUUGUUUGUAAAACUUGAUUUAAAAAAAAUGAUAUUACCUUCAUGGCAAAGGAACUAUUUAAUGUAAUUGAUUUUUUUUUUCAUUGAACCAAGGUACUUACAGACAUGGGAGCAAGAGGGAUAAUCAAAAUACUGUGUAUUCAGACACUAACAGGAUAGCAAGUGAAAUUGCUUGGCACUAGUGGUGGUGGUGGGGGGGUGCAUUUCUGCAUAAGCAUCACUGAAGUGAAAAGACACAGGAAGUUAUAGAUGUGUUCUUGGGUGACUCCUUUUCACUUCAGUGACCGUGCUGCUUGGAGAAACUUCCAAAGAAUUUAUUCAGAACAAUGAGAUUAAAGCGACUUGUGUCAUCACACAAAGAGUGUGUAAGGUAUGUUAAAAAUGUAAAGCAGAACUUUAAUGGUGGUGUGCAGUGAUUUUAACUUUUCAGAAUACAGAUUCUCCUUUCAAAUCUUACCAGUUUCACUGCCCUCACCACCACCACCCACAUCAGUAAUCUGUCCUAGAGGUGAGUAUUAUAUUAUAUGCAGUAUGUUGAAGCAUGUAAAUUGCGUUUUGAAGUGAGGAGAAAUACAAGAAUUCUUUGCUGACCACUUAAAAUCAUACAGAGAAAACAUGAUAAAGUAGUAACUCUUUGAAGUCAGUUCUUCUCAGAUCACAGUAGUAUUUUUUAUUUAUUAUUAGAGUUAUAUCCCACCUUUGUUUUGUACAACUCAAGGUGAUGCAUAGCAUGCUGGGCAACAAGAGAACAGUUAGCUCCAUAACUCCCAAUGUAGACCAGUGUGGAUACUCUGCCAAGAAAUAUUCAGUCCACCCAUAUCCUGCCUGUUGGUAGUGGGUGAAGCCAACAUUCCUUCAGGAUUCUUUCCUCCUCCUUAGAUACUCUGCCUUUCCCAAGGAAAGCUGCCCAAUAGUUUAUGACUUAUGAUUUGUGGGGGUUAAGUAUUAAUUACUGACAUGAAUAAAAAUAUCUGUUUUGCUUACAUGCCAUUAAAAAAAUCUGGAAAAAAUGUAGUAAUUCCAGUUGCUUCAUCACACUGUGCAGCAUUGGGUCAGUGGAUAAAAGCAGUUCAUGAAAAUUCUAACUAUACUGACCAUAUGAUUGCUCCAAAAGAAUAAAUUUAGGAUGACCAUUUACCAAUGCCCUUUCACCCUUGAACAUCUGUACAUCUCUACUGUACAGAAUCCUUCUAUAUUCCUUCCAUCUUUGUUGAUCUUCUCUAAAUCAGUUACUAUCUGUCCUCUGAUGUCCUUUAAGCAUACCAAAUUGAGGUUAGAAUUUCCUCCUGAUUUCAGAGAUCCUUUGGAAAACUUUCCUUAUUUUGUUUCCAUCUUCAUUGUCUUUACAGAUGUUGUGAUAAUACUCCUUGCCUUUUUAAACAGCUCUCUGAAAUUCUUUGUUAAGUUUCUUGAGAUUUUUGUCUUUCUUGGCUUUGGCUUCUCUUCUUCUGGCAAAUUUCACCAUUAGGUUUGACAUUGCCUUUUUUUCUCUUUGUUUUUCUGUUUCUUUUCACAUUCAAUAACGUCUUUGAUUUCAUUCCACAGUUCCUCCAGAUCUACAUCAGUAAGGUUCAGGACUUCAAAGCAAUUCCUGAUGUUCUCCUUGAAAAUGAUAGGUACAUGCUCAAAAUCAUUUUUCCAAAAACUGGUUGGCUUUAUUCUUCCACUUUAGCUUGACUUGGAGCAGUUUGUGAUUUGUUCCACAGUCAGCCCCUGGCCAUGUCUUUGCUGAGCUAAUUCACCUCCUUAUACCAGUUAUAUAGUCAGUUUGAUUUCGUUGUUCUCUGAUGAUGUCAGACAGAGAACAACGAAACAUAGGAAAGGUUUUUGUAAUUUGAAGAAAAAAAUUUGAAUAAUCAUUGGACUGGCAGAAACUGCUAAGUUGUUCUCCUGUUUCAUUUCAGUUUUCUAGGUCAGUUUUCUAUAGUUUUCCUCACUAUUGCCAACUUUGGCAUUCCAGCUUCCAACCGCAAGCAGCAGAUCUUGCUUGCAUAUUUUCUUGAUUUCAGAUUGAACUUGACCAUAAAACUCAGUAAUGGCUUCUUCAUUUAAUAACCAUAUUAUUAAAGGGCUGUCUGUGAAGACUAAUUGAUAUUAUUCAGCCAUUGACUGCAUUAUAACCAAGUAUUGUCUUUGCUUUCUCCUUUUUAUGAAAAUAACACCUUUCCUUCUUUGUUUUUCAUGCCCUGAAUGGUAAACAGUAUGAUCUUCUGACUGAAAGAAUCCAAUUCCUGUCCAUUUUAAUUCACUGAUGCCUAGGAUUUCAAUGUGUAGUUAGCUCUCUGUGUUGAGCUUUCUCAUGUUUGUGCUUCUUACAUUCCCUGUUCCCACUGUAAUUCUGUCUUUACAGCUUUAGAUUUUCUUUUCCUACAUGGCAGGAAAUUAUGUAUUUGUUUUCACUAAAGUAAUCAUCUAUUUCUAGUAUCUUCCUAUAUUGCUGCUCCCUGGAAUAGAUAACUGCUUGUUUUAGCUGGGCAUCUGGGAUGACCUUCGCACCUUAGGUGACCCUGCUAGAUGUAUAAAAUCUUGGGGAAAAGUAUGAAUAGACUUUCGUUUAAAUCACAUAUUCAAAACAGACAUUUUUCUAAGUAGAUAUUCACCAAUCAUUAUUUUGAUUUAUUAUGACAUCUCUGAAGGGCCUAAUCCCAUUUUUGUAUUCUCUCACCCCUCCAUUCAAGUUACCUAAAAGUAUAUUUCUCCCCCACCCCUCCCCUGGAUCUCAAAACUCAUCCUUGGUUCUUAGUAUUCACUGGUACAUAACCUGCAGUUAUCACCAAUUUACAGAUUCCGAUCUUCAUAUACAUCCACAACAACCCAGAUGAUGCCAGUUCAUACAUAAUAGCCCUUUCAUAAUUAAACAUACAGCUUCACCAACUCCAGGAGAUCACAGAGACCAUUCGGAUCUACAUCAUUCCCUUUUUUCUUAAGGGACAUCAAUAUACCUAUUUUUCUUUCAUUUGUCAAUUCAUGCUCUCUAUAGUUUACUCCUUAAUUCCAAGUUGCAGUCUUUAAUAUGCCAUGGUUAUCAUCAGAUGGCCCAUAGAUACUGACCACCCCCCUCAUGACAUUGGACCAUCUAUGAUACUAUUUAAUGAGAAAGGAUGUAGACUAAGUUACCAGUAUUAAUUGCACCCAUGUCACAUGCACCAUUUUCUGCUAAUGAUAAGAAUACUACUGAUCAUUUGGGGCAUGUUUUGGUCAGUAUGGUACAAGUGCAACCAAAUUCUAGGUUUACUCCAAUGCAAGGUAAGAUCUCUAAUCUAGAUACUGGCCUGCAAGCCACAUACAAAGGAAUUUAUAAACACGGAUAUGCUUUGAUUUUUUUCAUCUAAGCAUAAUGCAAGCCACUGAUUUUUUUUCUUUUCAAUUUUUUUCCUCUACUGAAUGAACUGAACCUAGUUGAACACAACAUUGAAAUGGGAAUGGGAAGAUGAAAUGGGGAAGAUGAGAAUGAUUCAGAUCCUGCAUUUAAAAACAAUGCAGUUUGAGCAAUUAGGGCAGAUCUGGUAAAUUAAACACUGACAAAAAUCAUUGGCCAUCUAGAAAGAUCUACUUCAGGCAUGGAAUUUUGAUUUUCUAGCACAAUGAUUUUGUUUUCUGAGCCCUGUGAAUACUGUAUACAGUAAAAUCAUUUCCAGUGAAAUGUUCUAUCUUAUUCUUUAAUCAGGAGAUUCGCUAUAAAUCCCCUUUAAUUCUAAAACAUUUGAAAGAUCAUUUUAAUCCUAUGCUUGAAUUUGCCAUUAGAAAUGCCAUUCUAAACACUCUUAACCUGGGAACAAGUUCAAUUGAAAACAGUGAAACUUAUUUCUGAGUAGAAAUGUGUAGGAUUUCAUUGCGAUGUUAUUACAUUGAAACAGAAAUCAUCUGGUCUUUCGAAUGAGGAGAGCUGAAAUAAAAACUUUGAAAUAAAUGUGGCUUUUAUUUGGAAACAAACAGGGACUAUUAUAACAGGAAUGUGUCUUUAUGCAAAUCUUCUUGUGGCUGAAUAGAAUAGAGGGCUACCUAUUCCAGAAAUUAUUUUUUCUUAAUAUGCUAUGUUGAAAUUGUGUUCAUUGACUAACCAUACCAGUGGCAGCGCUUCCACCAUCAAAGGCUUAUCCAGUUGAGAAAUUCCGCAACAAAAGAUAGAACGAUAACAUUCACAGGCUUCACUUGACCUUUGUAUUUGCAUGAUAAAAAGCAUAGCCCUGGCACCCUCUUUAUGUUAACUAUGAGAACACUUACAUUAAUAUGUUGUCAAUUAAUGUUUCUGCAAUGCCAUCCUUACUGUAUUUUAAAGGUUUUCCAGUGUUAAGGUAUUAAUGCUGGCAGCACUUCACCAAAAAACUAGAAAGCUACCUAUUCCAAUAUCUAACUGGUAGUCUUUGUGAAAGAAACUUCUCUCCAGUCUUAUGCUGCAAUUUUCACUGUGAGACUUCAUUAUGUUUUUGUUGUUUUUUUUGUUUUGUAUUAGAUGUUUCCGUUUUGUUUGCUUUGCUAUGGAGAAGUGGAACAGUUUAGAUAUGGAAGCAUAUCUUCUAUCUCAUUGUAUUCUGAACCAUGAGCUCAGUACAUGUAAUGCAAAUAGUCCAUGGUUCUGUGGCUAAAUAACUUUCGAUCCAUUGGAAGAGAGAAAAUAUCACUCAAAGGGAAUGCUGUAUAGUUGAUCCUGAGGGAAUAUAUUCUGGAUUUAAUCUGAAUAAUCCAUUUCAACUAUAGUAGGCUGGGUACACAAUCAUGUGAGAUUUAAUUAUUCUGUGACUUCGAUUUCUUUAGUAAGCAUAUCACCCACAUUGGAUAGGAAUUUGUACUGUUAAAUAUAAAGUCGUGUUUAAUCACUGAUUAAGGCACCAGAGUUUUUCGGCGAAGUCACUGUACACUAAGCCAGUAGGCUUCUUAUACUUUAGAAUGUCAUUAUCUCACCAAAUUUUCAGCAGGAAACCUCAUCAAAACAUUGUAUAUUUCAGUAAUACAUAAAACUGAAAGUUAUAUAUUAAGUUACAUAUUAUUGUCAAAUGGUUAGUAGCCUUUCUAAAGGAACAGGAUGGUGGAGCAGAUUGUGAAUUAUUUUAUUGAAGGUUGAUUCACCUUUCCAACUGUGGGCAUAACUAAAACUGUUUGGUGCAUUAUUCUUCUUGGUUUCUUCAUUAAGUUUCACUAAGUUUCAUUUACAGAGUUAGACAAUCAGCAAAACAUUUAUUUUGCCUUUAUUUUUAUAUUGUAUCAGCCUUGUCUGUGCUUGCACAAAUGUUAGUAAAUACAUUUUGCUUUAUAAUGGAUCUCUCACAUUUAAUUUGGGAAAUUUUCUUAGCAGUUUGCCAAAUGGUUGUGCCUUUAAAAAAGCAAAAAAAAAAAAAAUGAACACAAUAUUGAGAUGUUUAUAUGACUGGACAGCAAAUUUACUUUGACUCCCAAUACACUACAGUUUCAAACUAGGGUAGAAAUACAGGAAAUUGUGCACAAAGCAGGAUCUCCUGGCUAAAUCUCAAUAAAAAGAAUAGCAACUGGGCCUCCAUGACCACCAUUCAUCACAGUAGGUCUUUUCUGGAAUGUUCUAAAUAUAUUGUGCUCAUGUAGUCUUUAUUCCCCAAACCAGCAGCGUAUCCUCAAUUAAUUGAAGUAAUAAACUGAUUAAAUGGAAAUACAUUUUAUUUGUAAAAUAAUACUGUAGACAAAAUUGAAGAACCAUUUUAUAAAACAACACUAAACAUACAUUUGAGGAAGGCUAAAAUACUUUAUGCAGUUGUCUUCCUUGCUACCCCCAAAAUAUGCUGGACAAUAAUUCUUACCAUGUUGGUUGAAAAUAAAGGAAGUCUGGAGACCACCAUGCUAGAGGGGCGUGUGUACAUGCAUGUAGGUGCAAACAUACAACACAAAGUUGUCAAGACUCUUUUAGUGAGAAAAGUAUCAAAUAUUUGCUUCAGUUGUUCCACAACAAGGCAACUUGUUUAACUGGGAAAUCUGUAAGUCCCGACCUAGAUUCAGUUACUAUUUUGAAAGGAAGUAAACUUGAAAAGAUGUGGAUAAAUAGCCAAGAAACAGUACAGGAGCUAAUGUGGUGAACUGGUAUCCUGUUCCAACUUUAUAUCUAUGAAGACAGGGAUUACAUAGUUUAUUAGCUGGUCCGUCCGUCCUUCUGAUAGAAGGUAAUUGCCUUACUUUAGGAUUUAAGUGAUAUUAAAUCCACUGGGAUGUUAAAAUUUACAAAUGCUUAAUAUCAACAGGCCAAAAUAUUUUAGAUUAGCCUUCUGUGGCAUAAUCUUAAGCAUUUUUUAAAAUGUGGAAGUGAGACCAAUGUGUUCUUGAAGAUCUACUUCAAGAUAAAUUAGCAUAAAAUUGCAGCAAUUGCAUAUUUUAAUCCCUAUUUUGACAUAUGGAAUUGAUUUGAAACCAUUCUGAAACUGCCUGGACAUUUAUUUUGUAAAUGCCAGAGUAAUUAUGUUUAUUAUAUUCCAGUUCAAAUAUAUCAAGGAGUGAAGCAUAAUCUGUUAGAAUUAUUUCUACUUCCUUUCUGGAUUAGAAAAAUAUUAAAUGGGUGAAUAUAUACUGUUUUGAAUUGUUAGGUUUUGACAGAUUCUGUAUUCUGUUUGUUUAUGCUCAGCCUAGUUAUAGCUGUCCACUUUUUUCUGUAGUGUGUUGGGAUUCUGCUAGAAUGUCAGUGGCUACAUUCAUUAGAGGUGAAGAGCUCCCAGGGAAACGUUCAUUCAGGCAUGCACUGAAAUGGAAGAAAAAUGAACCAAUAGGGGAAGAAUGGGAACUGUGGGAACUAUUGUUUGCAUUCAGAGUAUGAGGCUGAGUUUAACUUUUGAUUUAAAAGAUAAAAAUAAAAACUUAAGUGCAAUAAGUGUACUUUGAAAUUUAAAGCUGUGAAUGGUUAAAAGAAAUUCACCUCAUUCCUUCCAGAUUGUUUUUUCCUUUUGUUUUCUGUGAUUAAAGUGGCAGUGAUCAAUAUUUUUAGGGUCAUUCUCUCCCUUCCCACUUUAGGGAGAGUUCAUACAUUCAUGACAACCAAACUCCUUGGUUCACCCAUAAUGCUCACUUUCUACCUUUUUUAUAAAAUCAGUUUCUGUAUGACAGCACCUAUAGUCCCAAAUAACUGCUAUACUAUAUAGCUGAUGUUGCCUGUUGGUUGUCAAGAAUGUGCUGAGCACCCCUUUUCUUGAGCAUAACAUUGAGCUUAUAUUCCUAACUAGUGAUGCUCUGUAUUUCAUUAUAGAGCAUAUGAGGUUAUAUUGUGACAGAAUUAUGUACUAGUUGAAACUGAGCACUAGAUGCCCAACUACUGGACUGCAAUAGCCCUCCUAGCCUAAAUAGAGGAACUUUGCUUUUGUAACCAGCACCUCUUUGGGCUAUUAGGGACCAGUGAUGGGUAAAAAGGUAGUUUGUAAGCAGCUGAAAACAGUCAAUUUCCUGGUUUUCUAUUGUGCCUGGAAUACAGAAAGGCUUGUCUUUAUCUUCUGUCACACCAUUUUCCUAAAAGAACUUAUAAUCUCUUAAGUGUUUGAUUACAUAGGUUGAACUUUUCCCUUCUCAACCAUGCUGCUUCUCUUCAGUUAGGUAGGGAAAAUGCACUAGCUGGAUAUUCUCUCUGCUGCAUCACUGGAGAAUUUCAUUCCAAUGAUUUGUUACCACAUACACUAAGUGUUACUAUCUGUGUAUUAAUCAUCACUUCAGGGAUUUGCAGUCACAGAAAAUAACAGUUACUCAUGAUUAGGACUCUGCUGUAUAGAUGGGAAAUGUCUGUACAGGAGCAUGGAGAUGUUAUAGAUGCUAAGUUCUUACCACAGGCUUUCACCUACAACCUUUACAGUGAUGAUUAGAGGAUCUUUGUGUAGAAUUUGCCCAAUAUAAACACUGCAAAGUUAGAUCCUAUGGAAAUGACUGCAAAGAUCAACCAAAAAAUGUUAAACAAGGUUAUUCUACCAUGUUACUGAAAAGGAGAAAUGUUUUAAUCAGUGCAGUGAAAAUAUCUAUCUCAAUACCGCAUUCCUUCAAGAUGUUUUUUUCAGAAAUGUUUCAGCCUACACAAGUCUGCAAUUUUAAGUCUGGCCUCUUUAAAAGACAAUACUCAUAGCUAGUUUUUUUAAAAAUAACAGUUGAAAAACAAUGUUUAAGAGGACUGCACUUACUUUUAAUUCACAGGGAAAUAUGUUUUCAGCUUUAUUGAUCACUGCAGCGUUUUCUUAUCACCCAGUCGUUCGUUUUCUCCAGUUGUUCACUGUAGAAGCUUAUACAGAUUUCAGUUGUUUUAUUCUGAUAAAUCCUCUAGCGUAAAUUCCUUUCAUAUGUAUUUUGAGCUUUUUUCUCUCAUGUAAAUUUGUACAGUGGGAAAUAUUGUCCAGUUUGGUUUAGAGAGCAUGAAGACAUAAAAUUUUAAAAAUUGACAGCUGAAAAUUAAGAUUGAAGAACUAUUUGUGUAAAGUUAUUUAAAGAACUCUGUAUUAUAUAAAAGGUUACAAGUUAUAUGUAUUUGAUGUGAAUACCGCUACAAUAAAGAUUGACUGCAUGGAAAA